AUGCUCCUGCGUGGCUUUGCUGAGCUCAUCGCUCUUCAAGAGUUGAUCCUGAGCAAAAAUAAAGCUGAGUCAAUUGUAGGUGAUGAUGAUGGAGGAAAGCUCUUUACCCUUGAGGAGUAUGAGGAGUACAAAAGAAAAGUGUUACCAAUUCGGUUACAAAACAGGUUGUAUGUGAGCUGGCAAUCACCAACUGGCAUGGACUGUAAGCUUGUGGGACCAGAGACACUGUGCUUUUGUACUCAUCGGUAUAAACAACACAAAACGGACUAUGAAGUGAUUCCCAAAGACCGUCCUAUUUGUGUGCCUUGUAGAGUGAGCCGUUGUCCGUGCCAGUCCUAUCACUACGUCCCUCUAAAUGGCACACAGCCCAUCCGUUGUAGAUGCAAACACUUUGCUGACCAGCACAGUGCAGCAUCUGGAUUUUCGUGUAACUCUUGUUCCAAGUGUUCGGGCUUUCAUAGUUGCUUUACCUGUGCAUGUGGUCAGCCAACAUAUGCUCAUGAAACAGUGGUGGAAACUAAACAAGAGCGCUUAGCCCAAGGAAAGCCUGUGGGGCAGGAUGUUCCUUACGCUGCUAUGGGAGGACUGACUGGUUUUAGUUCACUAGCAGAAGGCUAUAUGAGACUCGAUGACAGCGGAAUAGGGGCUCCUUCUGCUCAACUUUUAGAAUCCCCUGUUACCAGCACAGAUCAUCCAUUUCUAAAAGCAUUUCAGGGACCUUCUAGUUCUGCACAAAACAUCUCCCAGAUAGCAGGUGGUUCUAGUGCCACAAGGCAAGUUUCUCAUGGAAAGCGUUCAGAAGAUGAUGACAUGGCUUACUUCGAAAAACGUUACCAAUAACAGCUGAAAAAGAAGGCUGCUCAAUGGAAAGAGAAAAGUCCAGCACCAUCAAAGAAGCCAUGA